AUGAGAGUUUGGCAUAUAUUCCUCCUCUAUUUUCUCAAGUUUGACGCUUUGGAAGGUUCCUCAUUUUAUCAACAAUUAUACUUGUUGGGAAUGGAAUGUGGAAAUAACAUCACAAGUCACAUUAUUUUAGGGAGCACUAGAAUUGUCAGAUCUAGGAUCGAAUGUGCAGCUCACUGCUUGAUAACUUCAGGCUGUGGAACUAUUUUGUUUGAAAAAAAGAUCGAGUACGGACGUGGUGGGUUUUGCACGCUAGUCACCGUGUCGACCAGAGUAAGUCCGUACGUUUUGGAAAGCAACUCGUCUGUGUGCUUCAUGAAGAAAGUGUCUGUGGAAACAUCCACUGAAACAACAAUAACAACUACGACUACACCGGCAACAAUGGCACCGACAACGACACCGACAGCGAUACCAAAAACACCAACACCAGCAACAAUAGCACCGACAACAACAACACAUGCAACAACGACACCGACAAAAACGACAACAAAAACACCGACAACAUCUAUUGGGGAGACCAUCAUUGAUAUAAUAGACAACUUAAACGACAUGUGCAACAUGAACACUCAAUACGGUAAAGCCAUAGUUACUACCAAUGGGGUUUAUCUCUAUGACGACGCCUCAUCACUGACCACUGGGGCAUGUAGGAAUAUGACUAAUGCAGAGUUGUUCCAAGGAUUCACCUCUCUCCCUGAUAAGAGCACGUGGAAAGCUCUGCUUACCUACACCAAUACUUAUAUUGACCUAUUUACAGAUGCUGAUCAAGUGUACCGAUGGAAUAUUAACAAUGGAAAUCUUGUCCCAGUAUCAGAAUAUCCCAAAACCAAACAGGCUUACAUCGCAGAUGCCGUUUAUUACACCCCUAAAAAUAUCUUUAGCGCUGCUCACUGGUCGGUUUACACACACAUCACCGGCGUUAUGACUUUUUACUUCUUUGACGCGUCCACUGGCACAAUUUAUUACCACCGCAACCAGCAACCUCAUGAGGGCAGUUUCCUUAUCAGCGACACGACAAACGUGGAUAACAACGGGAAGCCAUUAAACCUGUGGUACAAACUACCCAGCAACGUUGUGGGCGUUACCGAACAAGACACCUGGUCCAAACGUUUUAUCGUCGUCGACGUUAACCUGAAUGUUUAUUCCUACUUUUUAGAAGACCCCAAUAACGUCAACGCUUCUCCACCGGAGUGUUCCCUGCAGGGACAGCUACGGUUGUGA